AGAGAGAGAGAGAGAGAGGGGGGGGGGAGGGUCUGGGAGAGAGACUCUCCCUCGCACUCUCUCUCGGGAACGGUGAAAUGCUUUCACAAUGUCUUCCUUAUCUUUGCCCCCAUUGCAGGACACGUCUUUGGUCGGACAUCCCCAGAUUACUCUCCUGUGAUGGCCUUUCGGUGGGUUGAUCCGUAGCUUGUUGAUGCUGAGUGGAGCGAUCGAUCCCUACCUUCGAUUCCCUAAGGAAAAGUGAAAGAAAUCUUUCCCUGGUGAUGUCGAUUAGAUGAAGUAUUUUGGAUUAGUGAUUAAGGUAACUUAAUCACAAAAGUUUAGGUUUUUCAGUGACAUAUACAAUCAUUUCUAUUGUGGACAAGUAUUGUCAAUGACAAUGCCAGCAUCAAAUGUGAAUAUAUCACUUGUAUCCAAGGAGGAACAGAUGUUGGGAUUGCAUUUUGGCAGAAAAAUCAUGAGUUUGGCGGGUGAUGAGUUUGAGGAUUCCAUUCCGGAAAAUCAGAUAUUUGCUGAGAUUUUCUUGGAGUUUGACGAGAAUGGUGUCAGCAAAACCAAUGAUGCAUUCGAUACUGGGGAUUUUAGACUAAGUGAGGAUUCCCUGAGUAAAGUGCUUGUUAACACCAGCUAUGAAAGUGGCAUCUCAGCGAGUUUAUCUCUUGAAGAGUCAACUGACAAUGCUUUCAAGCAUGAAAAGAUGAAUCUUGAGCAUGGACAAGAAUGUCCGAAGAGCAGUUUCUCGUAUUGGGCUAAAUCAGAUGUCCAUAAAAUAAAUUUGAAGCAGAUGAAUCUUUCAUUUAGCCAGCAUUUAAGCUUCAAGGAUAGUGCUCAAAGAUGUAAUAGUGUUUGUCAAAUAAAACCAUGCCACAUUGUUGAAUCUUUCGAUCAGAGUAUCAAAUCUAGCUACUAUGUGUUUGAUUCUGUGGAUGUUUUCUGUGACCUCAGUGAUGAAAGACAAAGUACACAGAAGCAUAAUGGAAAUACAAAUGCUAAUUUAAACAGCUCUCCUUGUCCUCAAGAAGAUCAUGCUCCUACGAAGUUGAUGCCUGUCACACCUGUCACUACCAAAGAGUUGCCUCUGCCACUGACGUACAUGAACAUAAAAAAGACAUUGUUGAAUACCCCGAAUUCGAAGACAGUCGAUGUUGGAGGAAACAGGGCCUUGCCGACAGAUCUGUCCACCAGUCUUCGUUCACAUGCCCAUCACCUCUUGAUGGAUGCUGGCUGGAAGAUUUGUAUUCAUUCAAGGAAAGAUGGACGCAAAUUUGAUUUAAUUUAUUAUCCACCAGCAGAAGGAGCUCAACUAUAUUCACUUAGUAGAGCUUGGAUAUCAUGUGGUGUCGAGUUAUCUGCAAAUACUUCAAAUAUAAGAGAGGAAGAAAGUGGAAGAGUAUGGACUGAUAUCAAUGCAUUUUCUGGAGACUUAGCAGAUGUCCUGGAGUUCAUCAAAAUGGAAAUUCGGCACCCUGAAAACUCCCUGUCUCUUCUGCAGCGUUGGGUUCUUCUUGAUCCAUUCGUGGCUGUUGUGUGCAUCAAUAAAAAGAUCAGUGCCCUGCGAAAGGGAACUGCAGUAAAAGCAGUAAAUAGUAUGACAACUGUUCUCGGAGGAACUGAAAGUUUGGGCUUACUGAGGAGUGAUGUCAAUGGGGUUCUGCAUAAUUCACGUUCACUAUGCAGUUCAGAGCGGAGUCUUCUUUCAGAUAUUGUGUCUGAUGGCAAGAGUUCUGCGCUAGGUUGUCCUGCUCCUGAUUUAAGAGACAAGCGUAACCAUCACAGGGUACGCCAAGAACAUUUCUUUAAGGCAAGUGCAGAAAGUAGAAGCAUUCGAAGCCUCGAUGGACAAAAAUGGAAAGGAUGUCAUGAUGCUAGGGAUUUGCUUGGCAGGGAUUCCAAAGCAUCAUGUAUGUUGCAUAAAUUAAACCUAUCAUCUGGCGUUCCCAAAGUGAUCCAGAAAGAUUCGUGCUUAUCUAGUUCACUAAGACUCCCGACAGAAGCUGCAAGCCAGAAAAAUGAGAAACUGUUCUUGAAUAAAAUCCUUAGUGCUGAUAGUCCUAACAAACAGUCAGUAGUUCAUCCUAAAGAGAAGAGAUCACAUCAAGAUACAGACAGCCUCUCUAAGAAGGCACAACUUGGUCGUGUGGACACACAGGCUUUUAAUGCAAAGGAAGUCACUGAACAGCACAGAUCAAGUUGCUCUAAAGGAGGUCAUAGAGUUGAAAGUUCCAUGGAAUAUCCAGUUGCACAUGAGAAUGAAGUGAUAGAAGAACGAAAGAGAACCUCUGGUAGCUAUGGUAACUUAUCCACAGCAAAUCAGUCAUCUCAACAUCAAAUGAACGAGCAACAUAACGUAUUGCUUUAUCCUCCAGGGGGAACUUUGUUUUUUACAAUGGAUGAUAACCAGAGGGAACCACUAUUAGCUCACUUGGUUACCACUAAUGCCAAUGGCAGCACAAAUAUCCAUCAACAAGUGCAACCUUUGGUAUAUCAAGCAAACCUAGUGACAGGAGUUUUUGUCGUUGGCACUAACAAUAAUAUGCUAUAUAAUGUGGGCUUUCCGGUCUAUCAGGGAGUUCUAAAUCCAGUGAACCAAGAUGGCCUUGGGGCGACUAAAGAGCUGGCAACGAGGAGCACUGAAAAUGAGAUAGUUCAGCAUAAAAGGAAAAAACAAAGAAUUUCCAGAGCUUCAAAAUGUGAAACUAAGCAAACAUUUGAGACUCCCUUAGUCACAAAGGCACAAAAUAAAAAGAAUAUAUCAAAGAUCAAAGAAGCCAAAAUGGGUGGCCAAACUGCUAUAGCAAAUCCACCCAGUCAAAACUACAGAGAGGUUGUCGGAUUUGAUGGAGAUGAGAUAUCAGAGUCCAAUUCAGGCUGCUUAAAAGAGUCAAGUCUUGAAAAGAAGAGUUUCAAUGUUUCAGAAAUUGGAAAGAAGUAUGCUUCUCCAACAGUCAAAACUAGUUCUAGGAUGAUACAUAAGAAUACUGCAAAACUGGGAGUAAGAGCAAGGAAGAGGUAUAACAAGGAUGAGAGGGGUUGGCCUAUAAUGGAUUUGGGGGAUAGAGGAGAUACAUUGAUGAAACUAAAUCAAAACGAUGUGCUUGAGCUUAGGUUGUCUGAAGGUGAUAGCAAUCACCUUAGAAUGAACUCACAGAAAUCUACCUGUUGCAGAUCCUCCCACCCUAGGAACUCAUCUGAAAAGAAAAAUGUACAGGAGCAGCUUCUUGAUUUUACAGAAUCGAAUAGUAUGUUGUAUAACAUUAGCAUUUCCCAAGAGCCCCAUCGUGAAAGCUGCUUACAUACUUCUGUGAUUCUGCUUGACGGCAAGCUUCCAUUUUCUGGGAACAACCUCGAAGUUAGCAAAGUAAAGAGGCCAGAAAUAUUUAAGGAAAAUAAGCAGAAGCAGCAGAGUAAGGGUCACGCCAAUGAUGAUGACCUUUUUAUUGCUACUAUUGUCAAACGAAAAGGAUGCAGGUCUGCUAGUAGAGAGAUCAUUUCAAAAGUGGGGUCAUUGGAUGCAUCUGAAAAGCUGAGAAGUCGAAAUGGAGAUCACAAAUUAUUUCAGAACAAUGCAGGAGAAGGUGGAAAGAUAAGUAAUGUCAAGCGCUCCAUAGGACGAAGAACAGUGUUGUGUAGGUUGAUUGAAAUGGGGGUCAUAUCUGUACGUAACACAUUCCAGUAUUGUGAACUAAAGGAUAGCACGGUGGUAAAGGAUGGACGGGUCACUAAGAAUGGAAUUCUUUGUAGGUGCUGCAAGAAGUUCUUUUCAAUAUCCGAGUUUAAGCUUCAUGCAGGUGACAUGCUCCAAAAACCCUGUUUGAAUCUUUUCCUUCGCUCUGGUAAGUCAUACGUUCUCUGUCAACUUCAAGCUUGGUCUCUCGAGUACAAAACAAGGAAAGAUGCUAUUCCUGUGAUGGAUGAUGAGGAGACUGAACAAAAUGAUGACACCUGUGGACACUGUGGUGAUGGCGGUGAAUUAAUAUGCUGUGAUAACUGUCCCUCUUCUUAUCAUCAAGCAUGCUUACUUUCAAAGGAACUUCCAGAAGAUAGAUGGUAUUGUCCUAAUUGCAUUUGUGAUGUAUGUGGGGUUGUAGUUAACAUAAUGGAGGCACCAAGUGCCAUGGCCACUUUAGAAUGCUCACAAUGUCAACAUCGAUACCAUGAUAAAUGCAUAAAAGAGAAGGUCACACGUAAUGAAGAAGUGGCAUCUAGAACUUGGUUUUGUGGAGUUGACUGCCAAGAGGUUUACCUAGGUUUACGUUCUCUUGUGGGUGUCAUGAACUGUGUUGGUGAUGGGUUCUCAUCAACAGUUCUUAGAUGCAAUCAUGGUGAUAAAACACUCCAGUCUGCAGAAGAAAUUGCUGUAGUGGCAGAAUGCAACAUGAAGUUGGCUAUUGCCUUGAGUAUUAUGGAGGAAUGCUUUCUACCCAUGGUAGAUCUAAAAACAGGAAUUGACAUGAUUCCACAUAUCUUGUACAACUGGGGGUCUAAACUUCCACGCUUGAACUAUAAAGGGUUCUACACUGCAGUGUUAGAAAAGAAUGAUGAGCUUAUCUCUGUAGCAUCCAUCAGGAUUCACAGUGUUAAGGUCGCAGAAAUGCCUCUUAUAGCAACUCGAUCUGAGCAUCGUCGCCGAGGAAUGUGCAGGCGCCUUUUGGCAGCAAUUGAAGAGAUGUUGAAAUCUUUGAAGGUUGAAAUGCUGGUUUUAUCGGCAAUUCCUACUUUAGUUGAAACCUGGACAUCAGUUUUUGGGUUCAAGCAACUUGAAGAUACUGAGAAAUGGCUACAAAACAUCGAUCUCAUGUCAUUUCCAGGGACAGUGUUGCUGAAAAAGAGCUUAUAUGAUGCAACAACUAAAACAUCAGCUACCAAUGAUGAAGUCCCAACCAGGCCGAGUUCUAGCGGCAUGCAGGGAAUGAUGAAGGACGGAAACACCCAGGAACGGUAAUGCAGAUGCCACAACAAAGCAUGGUAAAGAAUUUGAAUAUGUAUGAAGCUAAAAACACUUGAUUCGAAGCAUUUGUGAUUGUAGAUGUGGAGUUUAAAGUGUUAAACAAGCUGAAGCUUCGACAGUAGUUCGGCCAGUUUCCA